AUGGGCACAAGGACGAUCGUCAUCGAGGGGCAGUAUGGCACGAAGAAGGUCAAGCACCAUGAAGAACACGAGGUCGACCUCCCCGAGAGGGGCAGGAUCACCCCCGCCGUGGCCCCAGAGACCGCUCGUCUUGCCCAGCGCUCGCUGCCUGGCUGGGACUUGCAAGCGGAGGCAGCAUACCCAAGUCUGGCGAGAUUCGCGAAGGAUGAGAACGAGCAUGAGGAGGACGACGAGGAGGAGCGAGCGAAGCGACUCGACAAGAGAGUUGAGACCGCUGCUGCGGCAAGGUGCUCUCAGCGUGCGGCCCUCCGAGGCAAGCGCCAGCACGAGCAGAGGGUCUCGAGCGGCACCGACGGCAGCGACGCCUCGGCUGAGACUCUGGUCCGAUCCGCUGCGCAGCCGCGCGCCGCUGCGCUCUCCGACCCGGGGCGGUGCUCGCACGGCGCCGUGGCGGACCUGGACAGGCUGCCGACCGCGGGGCCCGCAGCGCAGGCGGGGGCCCUGGCCGGCGGGGGCCCGGCCGCCUCGGCGGUCCCUGGGUGCCUCCGCGGAGACGCCGCCCGCCGCCUGUUCUCCGACUGGGCGGCGUUGGAGAGCGAGAUAGCCAAGCAGAUGCGGAGGUAUUGUCGAGGCCGCGGCCGGGAGCACUUCUCGGCCAGGCAGGCGGCCGCUGACAUGACCCAGGUGCCAGGAUGGGUGAGCGGCCUCGGGCCCGGCUCCCGGCCCGCCACUUCGCGCGCCGGCCCCGGAGCCCAGGCUGUCCAUUAUUUGGCCGAAGCCGCCGUUGGCAAGAGGACAAAGCGCACCCCGCGCUUCAUGGACUACAAGGAGCAGACGGAGAAGUGUGAAUACAGCAAACUCGUUUGCCGGCUGACCUUCCCCGCGGCCGCGGUCGCCGCGAGGUGCACGCCGACGCCCGGCUGCCUGCGCCCCUUCGCGGCGCCGCUCCCGCGGGAGAUUCGCAGCGGAGCCGUGGCAGUGGCGAAGGUCGUUCGUGCUCGGGGGAACAACGCAGAUCACGGUCAAAGGAACCAGUCCGAGGUGCCCCUGCGGAGGAGGAGGAUCGGAGCUCUCAGGCCGCUGGUGCUCGUCGUCCUGCUGCUGGUCAACGCGCUGCGGAUCCGCUUCAAGGGCGAGCGGACCCAUGGGCUGCCAGCUCAGCUGCUGCCUCUGGGGGCGUUCAAGGAUGAGAUCUCUGCGUCUGUGGAAGCGAAGCUGGGCUCGAUCAAGACAUCCAUCAUCUCGGAGAUUUCGAACCACUCCACGGGCUUGGUCCGAGCUGUGGCUGCGCGGCAGGAUGCAGUUAAUCAACAUGUUCAGGUUCAGCUCACUGAUCUGCAGGCAAGAAGUGAUGUGCUGGAGCACUCGCAGCACGAGAUGCGAAAGCAAAUGCAGGAGAUGCGGAAAGAGCUGCACUGCCAAGAGAGGGCCAUCCCGAUCAAGGACUACGAAGACAUGCAGGUGUGGGAUCGCCAGCCAGACCCGACGGUGCUCAUUGCGAGCUUGUCGGAGAUGGCCAGCAAGGAAAAGGUCAAUGCGGAGCUCUCUGAGUGGCUCUCUGAGGCAGGUGUUGCGAAGAAUCAGUAUAAGCUCAUUGGUGACAGCCCCAGCAGGAAGUAUAUCAUACAGAUGCUCGGCAAUAGUGAUGCUGCGCAGCGCAAAGUGCGUGCGGCUCGACGGGCACUCAAGCGGGACGCUCAGAACUGGAGGCAAUUUGAGACUGAUGCAGUGCUUGGUGGACGGGCAAAAAUAUUCGUGGGUCUGGACAAAUCGGCGAGACAGAUCAGAACGGAGGUACAAACAGAACGCCUGGCGUCAUUUGUCAAAUAUCAGUUACCAAACAAAAGAAUCAAGCAUGACAGAGCCAAGGGAAUUGUGUUCAUCGACAGCAUACCGGCGAUUACGGCCCAGACGGGUGACUCGUUCGAGUCCAAGAGCCGAUUAUUAUGGAACUACACUGCAGUCACGUCGCAGGGAGUGGACCAGAAGGCGCUGCAGGAUACGUUCAAUGCUACAUUCAAUGCGGUCGAGGUUGUUCUUCGUUUUGUCUGUGAGACGGCGGAGUACACGGAGAUGCUGGACGAGCUGAUCAGACAUUCGGACAUUGAUCGGCUGCCGCCGAUACCGCGAUGGAGGGAGCUGAAAAGGCUGAUGCGUGAGGCGGCGGCGCGCGGGCGCCAGCUGGGCAGCUGCAGCUUGGGGCCGCCGCUGCCGCCGGCCGGCCGCCCGCGGCUGCGCGCGGCAGGCAGCGGCAUGCCGACGGGCCUCGUGACCACGUGGCUGGAGGAGAAGGGCUUCGGCUUCAUCGCGCCCGACGACGCGAGCCUGGGGGACCUCUUCGUCCACGUGAGCGAGCUCCGGGACGCGCGUUCGAACGCGCUGACCCGGGGGGACCGCGUGCGCUUCGAGGUGAAGUAUAACCGGGAGAAGGGCAAGAACCUGGCCAUCGGGGUGACGGUGGAGCGGAACGCCGCGGACCGCGGCGGCAGGAGGGGCGAUCGCGGUGACAGCCGCAGCCGGAGGAAGCCCAGCCGCAGCCGCAGCAAGAGGAAGGCCCGCAGUCGGAGCAGCCGCAGCCGCAGCAAGAGGAAGGCCCGCAGCAGGAGCGGCAGCCGCAGCCGCAGCAAGAGGAGGUCCAGCCGCAGCCGCAGCAAGAGGAAGUCGAGCCGCAGCCGCAGCAAGAAAAAGGCGCGGAGCGCGUCCGCGGGCAGCCGCAGCAGGUCACCCAGGAAGGCGAAGGCGAGCCGCAGCCGCAGCAAGGGGCGGAAGAGGAGCAGCUCGAGUGGUUCGAAGCAGAAAAAGGGGACAGACAAGAGCGCGGCCAAGAAGCGCAAGGGCAGCAGCUCGAGCUCCAGCUGACCCCGCCCAGGACGGACAUACCAGCAUCGUCGACCCCACGCAAAAGAUCUGAGCCUGGCGCCAAGAGAUUUAUUGUAUUAGGGAGGCCUGCAUGAAAAAGAGCGAGAUGGCAAAGGGUACCUCGGGCUGAGCGCUCUCUGCCUGUUCUUCGAAGCGGGCCUGAGUUGCCAUCAUACCCCAAGGGGUGUGUUCGAUGCAGCUAACUCACGGCUUUGUUCGAUGGUUUGUUGCCGUUCUCGGGUGUGGUUCGCUGGUUGAGGAGCCGAGGAAUGUGUGGUCUCAGCUUGAGUUCCCCCAUUACAGUAUCGCAGACGAAAUAUGUGUUGGUGGUUGUUGCCAUGGCAGGCAUCAGGAACUCUGCGAUGCC